CUUAUCACAACUGAAACCGUCUUUAAACUUCAACUUGACGUUUUGGUAUUUUUGCUGUUUGUCUUUUAACUUUUUGGAUAUCACAUUAUUCUUAACUCUGCCGAAAUAGGCCCUAAGAUGAGUAAAGAAUCAUCAAAAAGGAAUUCGGUGGUUCCACCUGACGAUUCAGUCGGUUUCAUAGGUGCUGGUAAUAUGGCACAAGCAAUUGCUUUUCGUAUGCUGGACUCCGGCCUGGUGUUACCUAGCAACAUGAUAGUUUCGGCGACUUCAGAUAGGAAUCUCGAACUUUGGAAGCAGCGAGCUGUGUCUACUACUAUCGACAACUCUAAAGUUGUUAAAAAUGCAACAAUAGUUUUUAUUGCUGUGAAACCGCAGUAUUUUAAAACAGCAGCUCACUCAAUUAGUAACAUUUCAGAUGCAAAAGUUAAAUGUUUUGUUUCUGUGAUGGCUGGUAAAACUCUCAAAAAUAUUUCAGCGACUUUAGGACAAAAUUAUAAACAUGCACAUAUUAUCAGAGUUAUGCCAAAUACUCCAUGUAUGGUUGGAAUUGGCUGUUCAGUCAUGUGUUCCAUCAAUAGUGAUAGUAAUUACAACAAAGUAGUAUAUAGCAUCAUGUCAAGUCUUGGAUUGUGUGAGCAAAUAGAUGAAGUUCUGUUCAACUCUGUUUCUGGACUCUGCGGCUCCGGACCUGCAUAUAUGUACAUGGUGAUGGAAGCUCUGGCUGAUGGUGCUGUAAAAAAGGGUGUGACUAGAGAUAUGGCUAUGAACAUGGCGGCACAAGUGAUGAAAGGUGCUGCAGAGAUGGUCCUUUCGACGAAAAAACACCCGGGUUUACUGAAAGACGAAGUUUGUUCUCCCGGAGGCACAACUAUCUGUGGUGUUGCCGAGUUGGAGAGAGGUUCUGUUAGAUCCGCUUUUAUAAAUGCCAUCAGUGCUGCAUCAGAUAGAGCAGAUGAACUAACAGCAGGAGAGUGAGAUUAACGUUUUAACUUAGAAAAUAAAUUUCUAAGUAAUGGCCAAUUUAGUCAAAUUUGAACAGGGAUAUUAUUUUUGUUGAAAGAUUAAUUUUUUAAUUAAUUCUUAUGAAUAAAAAUAAAUAAAAUUGC